AUGCGGGCCUCCGUCGAGGAGGCGGGCGCGCUCCUGGCGCGGAGCGACUCGGCCGGCUGCCGCCGCCGCUCCUCGUCGCCGGUGCAGACCGCGUCCCCGAGGCCCGGUAGCCUGAGGCGCCAGUCGUGGUCGUUCCGCGAGGACGUGGGGCACGCCGCCUCCGAGACUUACCUCGUCUCGCGCCUCACCUUCACCCUCCUCCAGUACCUCGGGUUAGGUUACCGAUGGAUGUCACAACUCCUUUCACUCACAAUCUAUGCAAUUUUACUUAUGCCAGGAUUCACACAAGUUGGAUAUUACUAUUUCUUUUCGAGCCAGGUUCGUAGAAGUGUAGUCUAUGGAGACCAACCCAGAAACAGGUUGGAUCUGUACAUACCAGAAGAUAAUAGUAGGCCCUGCCCAGUGAUGGCCUUUGUAACUUUUGGAGCAUGGAUUUUUGGUUACAAGGCAUGGGGUGCUCUUCUAGGACGACGAUUAGCAGAGCGAGGAAUAAUAGUUGCUUGCAUUGAUUACAGAAAUUUCCCACAAGGUACAAUAGGCGACAUGGUUCAUGAUGCUUCUCAGGGAAUUUCUUUUGUGUGCAACAACAUCGCCAGCUACGGAGGAGAUCCUAAUCAGAUCUACUUGAUGGGUCAGUCAGCAGGUGCACAUAUUGCAGCAUGUGCCCUCAUGGAGCAAGCAGUAAAAGAAUCUGGUGGGCAUCCUGUUUCUUGGAGUGUUACCCAAAUCAAAGCAUACUUCGGUUUAUCUGGAGGAUACAACAUUCAUAAUUUGGUUGACCAUUUCCACGAGCGUGGUCUUUGUCGCUCAAUAUUUCUCAGCAUAAUGGAAGGAGAGGAAUCAUUGUCACGUUAUUCUCCUGAAAUUGUUGCCAAGACGUCAAGUGCUGAAACCAUAGCUCUUUUGCCUCUUAUUGUUCUUAUGCAUGGAACUGAAGAUUAUUCAAUACCAUCAUCUGCCAGGAAAUCCUAUGACAGUACAAAUCUGUUAGCCCUUGAAUUUGACAAAAGCAACUUUCCUACAGCUGCUUAA